CUAGCUCUUACUCUGCCGGGUCAGUCAGUAAAAGCUGCCUGCAGCUGGAGUGAAACUUUCUCCUUAGAGGAUAAAUAACCACUUCGCUGCAGAUAUGAGCCAAGUAGAAAAAGUGUUGGAUAUUCAGCGCUGUGAUCUGAACAUUAAGAGUAACAGCAGCAGCCAUCACACUGAGCUGUAUGGAGAGGAGCGGCUGAUUGUCAGGAGGGGGCAACCCUUCAGCAUUGUCUUACACCUGUCACCUAGCAACAAAGAGUUCAAAGAGGGAGAAGAAAACUUCAAGUUUAUUGUUGAAACUGGUCCAUUACCCAGAAGAGAAUCUGAUACUAAAGUUACCUUCAGUUUACAGGAAUCCACUGUGGACACAGAGUGGAGCGCCUCUGCUUCCAAAGAUGCCUCUGGAGGCACAAUAACUGUAUCUAUCAGUUCGUCCCCCAAAGCCCCCAUUGGGGAGUACACUUUGACCUUAGAUCAGCUUGGUCAAAAGACCAGUUUGGGAAAGUUUACUCUGCUUUUCAACGCAUGGUGUCCACAGGAUGCAGUCUACAUGCAGAGUGAGGAAAAGAGGAAGGAGUAUGUUCUAGCGCAACACGGGCUGGUCUACAGAGGAAAUUUUAAAAGAAUCAAAGAGAAACCCUGGAACUUUGGACAGUUUGAACCAGGAAUUCUAGAUAUCUGUCUGAAGAUCCUGGAUGACAGUCCUAAAUUUGUGCCAGAUGCUGAUAAGGACAUUUCGUCCCGGAAUAAUCCUGUCUAUGUGACCAGGGUGCUUAGCGCUAUGAUCAAUAGCAAUGAUGACCGUGGUGUGCUGGUGGGAGAGUGGGCAGACUUUUCAGGAGGCAAUCACCCUUCACUGUGGAUGGGCAGCGGGGAAAUUCUGCGUCAAUGGGCAGAAAGUGGUCCAGUCCGUUAUGGCCAGUGCUGGGUCUUUGCUGCUGUUGCCUGCACAGUAUCUAGGGCUCUGGGCAUUCCAUGCCGAGUGGUGACUAACUUUGGAUCAGCUCAUGACACUGAUGCAAACCUGGUGAUUGAACGCUUGUACGAUGAAAAUGGAGACAGAAUUUCUGGGGAUGAUUCAAUAUGGAACUUCCAUGUUUGGGUGGACAGCUGGAUGACCCGUCCUGAUUUGGGAACCGAGUUUGAUGGGUGGCAAACCAGUGACCCAACACCACAGGAGACAAGUGAAGGUGUUUUCUGCUGUGGCCCAGCUUCACUGCAUGCAGUCAAAGAAGGAGAGGUGGCCAUGAAGUAUGACACCCCUUUUAUUUUUGCUGAGGUUAAUGCCGAUAUGCAGGACUUGGUCCGCCUGUCCAAUGGGAAGUUUGUGAAGUUCAGUGAAUCCACUAAAUCUGUUGGAAAUUUUAUCAGCACAAAAGCUGAGAGACAUGACAUCACACACCAGUACAAAUAUCCAGAAGGCUCAAAAGAGGAGCGGCAGGUGUAUGAGAAGGCCCAGAAACGCAACAAGCUGCUGCAGACAGGAGAAAAGCCAGGGCUCCAUCUUAAGAUCAAGCUGGCUAAAAACAUGAUUGUCGGCUCCAACUUUGAGGUGUAUGCUGUCCUGACAAACAACUUCUUGGACGCAAGGACCUGUAACCUGCUUUUCUUUGCCAGAGCGAUCAGCUACAAUGGAAAACUCGGUGACAGCUGUGGAUUUUCAUCGGAAAACUUAGAAGUGCCCUCUGGAGAAGAGAGACGUCUUUCUCUGAAACUGGAGUACAACAGAUAUGGAACAGCGAUCGACCCUGAUAUGAUGAUUCAAGUGUCGGCCAUCACCAUCGACAAGCAAACCAUAGAUUUCCACAAGGCUGAAAAAAUAAUUGUGCUAGAUGAACCGGACGUGGGGAUCAAGCUGCUGGGUGAAGCCAGAGUGAACCAGCCUGUGACUGCGCAGCUGACCUUGUUAAACUCUUUACCAGAGCCGCUGCUAAACUGCAGCUUCGCUAUAGAGGGCAUCGGUCUCACAGACGGCAAACCCAUAAAAGCAAAGGUGGGAACUGUGGGAGCGAAGCAAGAAGCAAAGGCCAGCAUUGACUUUAAGCCCACCAUCACCGGCUCCAGUGUGCUGCUGGUGAACUUUGAUAGUGACAAACUGAAGAACAUCAAGAGCUUCAUUGAUGUCGUUGUGAAAGAAUGAAUCAGACCACAACUCUUGGCAAUCGAGCCAUUUGAUGUUGUAGUUUAACUUAAAGCCAUAAUGUUUUCAUUUUAUGAGAUUUAAAUGUACAGUAAUGAAAAAGGAGUAAAGAUUUUUAUCAAUAUACACAUAUGUUUGAAUUUGUUAAUAGAGUACAUUCAUUACACUGCUGUUAUCCAAAUAAGAGGAAUUUGUGCAGAAGGCAAAGAUAGAAUUGAAAUGGAAAUAAAACAU